AUGGAGAUGGAGAGGAUAGUCCUGCCCCCCAGGGGGCCUCUGGAGUUACCCCUCUCCAUUCUGGAGGUUGGAUGUGCCGGCCGUUUUGAGCUCAUCACCCAAGAGGAAGGGCCUCAUGGAGACAGAUUCCCGCUAACCACGCUGCCUCACGGGUUGCCCCCUCACGCUGAGGAUCUGGCCUCUGAACUGGAGCAGCGCUUCCUCAGCAGCCCGGACUGGCUUCCCAUCCACCACUUCGAAAGGUCUCACAGGUUCUGGCCCCGCGAGAAAGACAUCCAGUCGCUCUUUGAGGUGGACGUCACCCCCGUGCAUUCGACGCUUCAGGCUGAGCGCAACCCCACCACAGGAGAGCUGCUGGGCUUCAGAGAGGCACUUGUGGACAACAUGGGCUUGUCGGCCAAAAAUUCUCUUUCCUUCCAACGAGCACCCGGCCCCCCAGUCGAGGCUCUCCGAGGCAGCGCUACCAAUUACCCCUUCUGGCCAGGUGGGAUGGAUGAACCCAGCCUUGAACAGAUCAAGACUCAAGAAGACCAGGAAGAGGACAUCGAUUUUGAGAACGAUUUGCUGACGGUCCCACCAGGCUGGAAGAAGGGAGUGGAGUUCACCAGACAAGAGCUCAAGGCCUCCCCAGGGUUGCUGAACUUGACCCACCUGCUGGGGGCCCUGGACACCUUUGAGCUGGGAGCCUCCAGCGACGAAGAAGAGAAGGAGAAGGCCGAGGAAGGGAGGAAGAGGAUGAAGAAGGGGAAAGGGGCGAAGGCAGAGGAGGCGCCCCCGGCAGAACCUGCGCCGCUGCAGAGGGCAAACAGCCUGGAGGAGCUGGUGCUUAAGGAGGUGACGCCCGCCCCUAAAUCAGCCCCACAGGCCGCCCCGGCCCCUGCUGCAGCUUCCGAGCCCCCCAAAGAGCAGUGGGCCAUCCCAGUGGACAUCAGCUCUCCCGUGGACGACUUCUACAAGCGAAUUCCUGAUCCAGCUUUCAAGUGGCCUUUUGAGCCAGACGUUUUCCAGAAGCAGGCGAUUCUCCACUUGGAGAAGCACGACUCCGUGUUUGUCGCUGCCCACACCUCUGCCGGAAAGACCGUGGUGGCGGAAUACGCCAUUGCUCUGUCCCAGAAGCACAUGACACGCACCAUCUACACUUCUCCAAUCAAAGCUCUUUCCAACCAGAAGUUUCGGGAUUUCAAGAACACCUUUGGGGACGUGGGGUUGUUGACGGGGGACGUUCAGCUCCAUCCGGAUGCCUCGUGCCUCAUCAUGACGACGGAGAUCCUUCGGUCAAUGCUCUAUAAUGGCUCAGAUGUCCUCAGAGACUUGGAGUGGGUGAUCUUUGACGAGGUGCAUUACAUCAACGACUCAGAGCGUGGGGUUGUCUGGGAGGAGGUUCUCAUCAUGCUGCCAGACCACGUGAACAUAAUUUUGCUGAGUGCCACCGUCCCCAACACCUUGGAGUUUGCUGACUGGAUAGGGAGGAUCAAGAGAAAGAAAAUCUACGUGAUCAGCACCCUGAAGCGCCCCGUCCCGCUGGAACAUUACCUGUACACAGGCAACAGCCAGAAAACGCAGAACGAGCUCUUCCUGCUGGUCGACGCCCGCGGCACGUUCCUGACCAAGGGGUAUUACGAUGCUGUGGAUGCCAAGAAGGAACGGGCCAGCAAGCAUUCCCAGACCUUCGGGGCCAAGCAGCCCAUGCACCCAGGGGCUGGGGCAGGCCAGGACAAGAACAUCUGGCUCUCCCUCAUCGACAUGCUGCGCAAGAAGGACCAGCUGCCCGUGGUGGCCUUCACCUUCUCCCGCAACCGCUGCGACGACAACGCCUCCAUGCUCACCACCGUCAACCUGACCACGACGAACGAGAAGAGCGAGAUCCACGUCUUCUUCCAGAAGUGCAUCUCCCGCCUGAAGGGCACAGACCGCCAGCUGCCUCAGGUCCUUCAUAUGGUGGAUCUCUUGAAGCGAGGCAUUGGGGUGCAUCACAGCGGCAUCCUGCCCAUCCUAAAGGAAGUGGUGGAGAUGCUGUUCAGCAAAGGCCUUGUCAAGAUCCUCUUUGCCACUGAGACUUUCGCCAUGGGAGUGAACAUGCCGGCAAGGACAGUGGUCUUUGAUUCGAUCCGCAAACACGACGGCACAAACUUCCGGGAUCUGGUGCCAGCUGAGUACAUCCAGAUGGCAGGCCGAGCUGGACGCCGAGGUCUCGACACCACGGGGAUGGUGAUCAUCUUGUGCAAAAACCAAGCACCUGAGAUGGCUGAUCUUCACCGGAUGAUGUUGGGCAAACCCACCCAGCUGCAGUCCCAGUUCCGCCUCACCUACACCAUGAUCCUCAACCUGCUGAGAGUAGAAGCCCUUCGCGUGGAGGACAUGAUGAAGAGGAGCUUCUCCGAGUUCCACACCCGGAAGGACAGCAAGGUCCACGAACACAGGAUUGCCCAGCUGAGCUGCGUCUUGGCCAACAUGGAAGCCUCAGAUCUGUCGGGACAGCUUGGCGACUUAGAGGAGUAUUAUCACGUGGUCCGAGAGCUACAGGAGACCCGGGAACUCAUACAGAGGCGAGUCAUGGAGUCAAUGAACGGACUGAAGGCCCUUUCCGUGGGACGGGUGAUCGUGGUGAAAAAUCAAGAGCACCGAAAUGCCCUGGGGGUGAUCUUGCAGGUUUCCUCUGACGCGGCCAACCGAGCCUUCAGCACUUUGGUGAUGUGCGAGAAAAAACUGUCAGAGGGGGACACAGCUGCUUGCAAGGAGGCCAGUCUCCCUUCCCCUCCAGAGGUGCCUCUUCUUGAUGACCUUCUGCACACCAAGCUCUUCCUUCCAGAGGGCCCUUGCGGACAUACUAUAAAGAAACUGGGCCCAUCAGACAUUUUCGGUAUCACAAACAAAACUCUGCGGGUCAAUGCUGAGCGCAUCCUGGAAGAUUUCAAGAAGCGCCAGAUGCCCAGGUUCAGGAACGAUCCCCCUGGGCCUUCAGCUGCCACAGCCACCCAGGAACUGCUGCGCUUGGCCGAGGGCUCCCCCGAGGGCCUCCCCCUCUUGGAUCCUGUGAACGACCUUCAGCUGAAGGACCUGGAGGUGGUGGAAGGGGUGGUGAAGGCACGUGGCCUGGAGGAAGCGCUGCUGGGGUUCCAGUGCGUGCACAGCCCCCACUUCCACACGGAGUUUGUGCGAUUCAGGGAGCGCCAGCAGGUGUUGGAGGAGCUGGAACAGCUGCGCUUCCUGCUCUCUGACCAGUCCCUCCUGCUGCUGCCAGAGUAUCACCAGCGGGUCCAGGUCCUGCGCUCCCUGGGCUACAUCAACGAAGGCGGUGCUGUGGAGCUGAAAGGCAGUGUGGCCCGCCAGAUCAGCAACCACGAGCUGCUGCUCACCCAGCUGCUGCUGGACAACGCCCUGACGGACCUGCGGCCCGAGGAGAUCGUGGCCUUGCUAAGCUGCACCGUCUGCCAGGUCCGCACCAGGGUGGAGCCCCAGCUGCCCUCCGUCCUGCAAAAGGGCAUAGAGCACAUCCGGUCGGUGGCCGAGGAGAUUGCCCUGCUGCAGCGCAAGUGCGGCCUCCAGGAGUCAGUGGAGGACUUUGUGGAGCAGUACAAAUUUGGGCUGGUGGAGGUGGUCUACGAAUGGGCCCGCGGCAUGCCAUUUGCUGAGAUUGCCCGCCUGACAGACGUGCAGGAAGGGAUCAUCGUCCGCUGCAUCCAGCGCCUGGACGAGACCUGCCGAGAGAUGCGCAACGCAGCCCGCGUCACCGGGGAGCCGACGCUCCACGCCAAGAUGGAGGCCGCCUCCAACAUGAUCAAGAGGGACAUCGUCUUUGCUGCCAGCCUCUACACCCAGUGAGGGAGGGGGGAGCACCUUCGGCUCUUCCCACCCCCCUCAAAAUGCAGCUCUCUGUUCCUGAUGUCUGAAAAGUUGUAAUGCGUCUUGCAGGUAUAUGCAAUAAAAUAUUAUUUUUUGCUGA